CUGUGUGAUCCGGGUCACUCUCUGCUCGGUCACUUCCGUGUUCCGAUCUGCACAAGGGCAAACUCUUCUGUCUGACAGUCUGGUCAUCAGUCUCAGUCAUGGCUCGACAGCUGCUCAGAGGAGCUCUGAGAGGAUAUUUCACCUCAUCGCUCCGGAUGGGAUCCGAUCAGCUGGGUGAUCUGGGGGCAGGAGCAGGUAAAGGUGGAGGAGCGGGGGGGUCGGUGAGGGCGGCCGGAGGAGCGUUUGGGAAGAGAGAGGCGGCGGAGGAGGAGCGCUACUUCAAGCAGAAGGAGAAGGAGCAGCUGGCCGCUCUGAAGAAACAUCAUGAAGAAGAGAUCGACCAUCACAAGAAGGAGAUCGAGCGUCUGCAGAGAGAGAUCGACCGACACAAGGGCAAGAUCCGGAAACUCAAACACGACGACUGAAGCUCCAGCAUCUUCAUCAUCAUCUUCAUCAUCACAUCUUGUGCCUGAGACCGUCUCUCUCUCUCUCUCAUAUUUGCAUGACUCCAUACUUUAGAAAUAAACCAAUGUUGAAUAAACAGUUUGAAAUGGUUUGUUGCUGUUAUGAAAAAUAAAGCACUCCUGAGUUUAUCGGAA